AUGGGCAUCACCAUUGAAGAAUACGGGGUCUACACAAUGCUGCCGGCGCAGCAGAUUACGCCGAUCUCUCCAUGGCCCCCUGACACCAACCUCCUGGAUAGGAUGGACGACUUGGCGCACAAAGGUAAAGGUCACAGCGGUGUUAACCAGCUCGGCGGCGUGUUUGUAGGAGGCAGACCGCUACCUGACUCCACGCGGCAGAAGAUCGUGGAACUGGCGCACUCGGGGGCGAGGCCCUGCGACAUCAGCAGGAUACUCCAGGUCUCCAAUGGCUGUGUGUCCAAGAUUCUCGGCAGAUAUUACGAGACUGGCUCAAUCCGACCCCGCGCGAUAGGGGGUUCGAAGCCCCGCGUAGCAACCGCCGAGGUAGUCAGCAAGAUAGCGCAGUAUAAACGAGAAUGUCCCUCCAUCUUCGCAUGGGAGAUAAGGGACCGUUUGCUGAGCGAAGGAGUCUGCACUUCAGAUAAUAUACCCAGUGUAAGUACUUACAUUUAA